AGAGAGAGCGAGAGAGAGAGAGGGAGCUGAUCUCACCACGGGGUUCGCAUUCAAACUGACCAGCGCGUCUCCGAGCAGCGCACUCUCUCCCUCUCCUCAUCCAUCACCGAGCAGCCUCACCGACCACCGGAGCAGGUGCAGAAGAGCUGUAGAGUAGUAGAAGAAGAAGAAGAAGAAGAAGAAGAGGAGGGAGGUGAUGUUCUCUCCUCAGGUCACUGUGACUUUAAGCUUAGCGAGGGUUUGAGCCUGUCAGGACGCCUCCCAGAAGACUCUCCUCAGGCCAGGACUAUCCACCCACUUUCCUAAGUCUAAAGCAACAAGCAGCUGACAACUUGCUCUCUGUCACCCACUCUGCUUCGGUCCCUGAGUGCCAUGGCCUUCACCCUGUCAGAGAUCAUGGCAGCGAGGCGGCAGCAGUCGCAGGCUCAGUCCCACGCCCAGCGAGGCAGCAGGACGGCGGUGGAGGUGGAUGAGUACAGCACCAACCCCACUCAGGCCUUCACCUUCUACAACAUCAACCAGGGACGCUUCCAGCCACCUCACGUCCACAUGGUGGACCCGAUGCCUCACGACACUCCCAAGCCUCCAGGCUACACACGCUUUGUUUGCAUCUCGGACACUCACUCCCGCACCGAUGCCAUCCAGAUGCCGUAUGGGGACGUGUUCAUCCAUGCCGGAGACUUCACCGAGCUGGGACUGCCCUCCGAGGUCAAGAAGUUCAACGACUGGCUAGGUACCCUGCCCUACGACAUCAAGAUAGUAAUCGCCGGAAACCACGAGUUGACCUUUGACCAGGAGUUCAUGGCAGAUCUGAUCAAGCAGGACUUCUAUUACUUCCCCUCAGCCUCCAAACUGAAGCCAGAGAAUUAUGAGAACGUCCAGUCGCUGCUCACCAACUGCAUCUACCUGCAGGACUCUGAGGUCACUGUGAGGGGCUUCAGAAUCUACGGCUCCCCCUGGCAGCCCUGGUACUACGGCUGGGGCUUCAACCUGCCCCGGGGUCAGGCUCUGCUGGACAAAUGGAACCAGAUCCCCGACAAUACAGACAUUCUGGUCACACACUGCCCCCCACUGGGUUUUCUGGACUGGGUCCCCAAGAAGAUGCAGCGUGUCGGGUGCAUGGAGCUGCUCAACACAGUCCAGAGGAGAGUCCAGCCCAAAUUACACGUGUUUGGACACAUUCACGAAGGUUAUGGGAUGAUGACGGACGGCACCACAACGUUCGUCAAUGCGUCAGCCUGCACUGUCAACUUCUUGCCCAUGAACGCUCCUAUCGUCUUCGACCUCCCCAACCCCAGGACCACAUGACUAGAGGAGGCUCGCCCCCAGACCCCUACCACCAGCCAGGAGAAAGGAGCCAGGAGAGGUAGGUGAGGAUGGUGGGCAGGACGGACCCAGUGCUGUAAAUAUUACACAGGUGUGUGUUUAUCACCUGAAGACUGUAACUGUGUAGGCGAGUGAGCGAGGGACAGACUCUCCCUCACACUUUAAAUGUUAUGUGCCAUCGUUUGUUCGUCUCAAAACUGAAAACAGAUGAGCGGUGAGACGCUUUUAUACGCGGACAGAUGGACGUUCCUGCAUGUCCUCUCUUACUGCACUGACAAUCUGAUGUGGCUCUCAGAGACACUAAAGACUCUUUUCUCUUCAUUAAAAUGAACAGUGGAACAACCUCGUUGUUGGGAGACUUUUGGUGAAGCCACGACUCCGCAGCAGCAACGGAACAUUUGCCAGGGGGAUUUCACAGAACCUUUCUCUCUUCGUACUUUUAAACAUUAAUUUCCCAACUUUUUCCUAAUUCCCCCCAACACGCUACACUCUUCAUCACUCCCCUUAUCUUCCUCUCUUCCUAUUCCCUCGUCAGCCUCGGAGCUUACUACUAUUUUUUCUUUUUUUUCUCGUUUUGCCAGUAUGUGUGUGAGAUCAAAUGGAGUGUGAGGGCAGCGAGAGGUCUGUGCCACAGGCUGUGUGAAAGUCGGGGUGUCAAACAUGUUGACACUGCUCCCCUGGGCCUCAUUACAGCCCUCAGUGAGCCUCUUAACCGGCUGAGAGGAGACUCAGAGGAGCUUCCCUCCUCCUCCCCUCUGCUCCCUUCAUGCAGCUCCCGUGUUCUUCUUCCUCCGCCUUUUCUCUCCAUCCCUCAUGCUGCGAAUGACUAGCUCAGCUUUUUGGCCACAGCUGGGAGGUCUGGCUUCCUGGAUUUGCAAUGUUAAGGUGCUCCGUGCUAACACUACUUCUGAACAGUCACGCAGGCAAACCUCAGCGGCAGCAGUGGUUGUUUCAAGGCGACUCCCAUCUUGUGUGUUAGUGGUGGUAGAGAUGGAUCCUUUUAUCCUUUUUCAAGAGGAGCAAUGCUCUGACUACAUGUACUGUAACUGGUCUAUGUAAAUAUUCUCUGUUAAAGAAAAAAAACUUGAAGUUUUUCUUGAAGAUUUUCUUGAAGUUGUUGCUAUGCUUUUUAAAAAAAAAACUUGUUAAAUAUUUGUGUCCAGAAAUUUGUGGUUGUUACAUUUCAUUUAGUCGACUUCUUAGUAAUGUAAAUGCUUAUUAUAAUAUUUCCUUCUCUGUGCAGCUGCUCGGCCCCAUUUGGUGAUUAUUAACUCUUUCAUGUCCUUAAGCAGUUUGUGUUUUUAAAGAAAGAGCUUCUCUUUUUUUCUCCUUUGCUCUAUUUUCUGAAUAUGGCUGUUCCCAGUAAGAGUCUUUGUGCUUAGCAUAACAAGACCACGUCACACUUUGAUCUCCCUGCUCUCCAACAUUAUGUAUGAACGUUCCCCGGGGCUGCAGUUUACUCCUGCUUCACUCGCACUUCUUCGGCACAUCAGCAUUCAUUGCGCCUGCUGAUGUGUUAAUGUUUCCAAAUGGGCAAAAGAGGAAAAAGCAGCAGAAUUGCUCGCCGAAACUGCAUGUGUGUGGAGAAUGGUGGGAGGUGGGCGCACUUCUUAGAACACACAUUGAUGCCCGAGUGUCUGUAAGUGUUUGAAAGCGGGGGCAUUUUAGUUGAUGCAAGGAUGUUUAGGGUUAAAGUUGGAAUAGGUAGAAGAAACACAUAUGAAACAGUUUGACAACACACCUGUCUAAAGCUCAAUUUGUAAAUUGGCAGGUCCUGAAGCAUGUCAUGGAAAAAAAUUAGGUGCAUCAACAGCAGUGUCUGGAGAAAACUGAACAACACUGAAGAGCUUUAACUAAUAAACUGAUAUUCGGGUAGCAUGAAAAAGUCAGGCAGCUGCUUAACAAAUACAACCCAUACAAAGUCCUGUUUUAUUUAAGGAUGCUAAUUUAAUGUGGUCUAAAAAUUCUGGGUUGCAUGCAGAAGCCCACAGGUGGUACCACAUGGACAAUGGAAUAUAUGUUUGUGAACACAGACCAAAAACCAUGAAUUCCCCUUUAUCUGUCUACUUCAGUGUGGCAGCAACAGUGAGUUGGUUAGUUAGUAACUUAAAUCUCCAUCAUGAUUAACUAGCAGCCAGUUCCACCAGAUUAAUGCCAGUCUGGCCCAUUUAAAGAUUCCAGUUCCACCAAAAUAGUGACUAGAGCUGCUAUAAAGUCACUUGUUCAGUUGGCUGCCAAAAGUAAUCAGUAACUAUUCUUAUAAAUCAAAAAUCAGUCACUAUCAAAGAAUCCAUACAGAGCCACACUAUCCCACUUUUUAUCCCAAAUAAAAUCAAAGUAUAAAUAGUAGUCACAUGUGGACAGCAUUAGCGAAUGAAGCCUAUUUGCCAGUUGAUAACCACUUUAUAUGCUUGUCUUUUAAACUGAAGACCUGUUGCUAAUCUUUUUUUUUUUUUUUAAUCUGCGUUAAGCUACAAUAAAUGAGACUUGACCUUUGGUGCUUCACAUUGGAAAGGUUCUGGGACAGGGAGAGAUUGUACUUUUAGAGCAGUUAGGGUGUAUUAAAGUUUCAUGUUGCUUUCUCCAUGGUGAAUCCCCUUCACUAACUGGUUGAGGAGGAUCAGAGGAAUAAGUGAUGGCUGUUUGUCAUACACCUACACAAUAUACCAUGAGGUUCAAAGAACAUGGAAGGCUUCAGUUGGACACUGUAGAUAAGGGUGAGUAGUAAUGGUUUGAAUGUAGCCAGUGGAAGGUCCAUACCAGGGCUGUACAGGGCUCCUGGGUCUGUGUGAGUGUAGUGAAGACAGUAAGAGGGAGUUCUCAGCCUCAUCAUUUAAAGCACAAACCUAAUUAGCAUCAAGAAGAAAACGUUCCAACAAAGGAAUAAAGGGGACUAUUAAAAACCAAAAGAUGGGAGGAACUUUCAUCUCUAAGUUUCAUGAAAAGCCGUCUGUUUGGUCCGAUUUCCAGUUCACUCCUCAUUUAGAUGUCUCUCCCUUUGAUGCUUUUCUGCUUCAAUAGCUGUGUUGUGUUUCCUGUUUUAUCCAAGAAGAAUAAAAGUGCUGUACUAUUUCUUGAUUCAUUUCUUGAGGCAUGCUUAAAGGAGUUAAUGACUUCUGCUACUCAGACAAUCUGCAUAUGAAGAGUUUUGUUCCAAAAUGAGAUAUAUACUGUUUGAAAAAAGAAAGCCAUCACAGGCAGAAUUGACUGACAGCUAAGACUUGAAAGUAGACUGCAGCAGUACUUUUUAAAGAAGGGGACUUGUGUCCUUGGUGACAUUUUCACUUGCUGGAUUUCUAUAUUUCAACAAUAUUGGAUGCUUAUAAACCUUUUUUUGUUUGUUUGGGUUUUUUUUUUUAAAUAGAUGUAUAGCAUUUUGGAAUCAAAGUUCUCAUAUGGUGUUGUAUUUUUGCCAUUGUUGUUGGGGACUUUUCCAUUUUUUAGCUGUACAAUAAGAAAAUGAAGACCCAACAGCUCCUGGAGACAAAAAUGUAAAAUACCUUUCUUUCUUAAAAACCAUAACGGUUCUGCUGGUUCUGAGAUUCUUCGCCGAUUGAAUAAAACCUUAUCUGUGACCAGUCAA